AUGGAGGUGGACGAGUUGCUCAAGAUGCUCCAGUUGAGUGAGGAAGAGAAGGACGGCGUGGUGCUGGCAAAAGAGGACCGGGAGAACCUCCCUGCAGUGAAGUGGAUGGCGGCGGCAAAACUCCUCACAGCAAAGGAGUUCAGCGUGACCUCGCUGGUGUCCACCAUGCGUUCGGCGUGGAACCCAGCCAGGGAAGUGACCUUUCGGUCAAUUGGCAAGAAUCUGUUGGUUGUCCAGGCGUUCUGCCUGGGGGACUGGAAGCGUAUUAUGGAGGACGGCCCCUGGAUUUUCAGGGGAUACGCAUUGAUGCUUGAGGAGCUCGACGGAUCGACAAUAAUCCCCAGCGAGAUGCCAAGGUGCUUGGUGGGGGAGGUGCAGGAGAUCGAGAUGAAGGCAAUUGCAUCGAGGACCGGGGACUUCCAUCGAGUCCGGGUGAAGCUUGCUGCUGCAAAACCCCUGAUUCGGGUGGUGACCCUUGCUCCCGAGGGACAGGUCAAGAUUUUGCUCCAAGUGAAGUAUGAGAAGCUUCCUCGGUUUUGCGCCCACUGCGGGCUGAUGGGACACGUUCAUCUCGAGUGUGGCGCUCGGGAGUACACGGAGAAGGAUCUUCAGUUUGGAUCGUGGAUGGUUGCUGAUGCGGAAUCUUGGCACCCUGGCACGCCGAGGUUCCGAUCCUUAGCGCCAGGUGAUCGGGAGAUGCCGAGGGAUGGCGGCGGACGUGGUGGUGUGAAACCAACACGGGGUGGACGUGGUCAGGUCGGUGGGCGUGGUGGCCGCGGUCCCAUGUGGAAAGCGAAGGCGACUACGACGUCUGAAUCAAGUUCCAGGAAACGAACCUCGGCAGACGUCGGUGAUGAUAACAAAGAUGACAAGGAGCUGGAUGACAUGGCCUCGAGCCCUGCCAAGACAGCCGCACAGGCAGGCGUGGGGGAGGAACCACCUACCCCCCACCCCCCCACCCCCCCACCCCCGGAAUAUAAAUCGCCGAGGGAAAUCAAGCGUGCAAAGAGGACAGAGGAGAAGAAAGCGACGAGUGCAAAGGACAUUGAUGGGGCGGGCUCCCUCGAGGAGUGCCGCCAUCCCCAAUGA